AUGUCGUCAGAUAGYAGCGSCGAGARCUCUGUCGACAUUGAGAGGCUUUGGCAUAUUUGGAAUAUGAAUGGUCCUGACUUAUCAUUGUCCUGCGAGAUUUGCGCYUUGCUGAAGGAUAACAAUUGUCACUAUGAGUUGGACGUCUUCUUGAGAAAUCUCCCUACAGAGGACRAAUACUUGAAAGAUGAAACUUUGAACAGGGCACGCAUCUACGCAGCUUUUUGGAAAAAAGACUUUGAGGCAGUAUACAGUCUGAUUGAGGAGAAUACAUAUAGCAAUGGCGAGGACCUUAUAGAUGUAUGGGACCUGUCUCACUAUUAUGAAGAAGAAAUAAAGAAGAAAAAACCCUUAACACCUUUAGCUAGGUUUCGUAUAAGACAAAGGAAUUUACCUCCAAARAGCAUUCUCCCAUCCGGUAAGAGAAAAACUACAACGCUUCCACAAGACUCCAAGCAGCUCUUACAAACAUGGCUCAAUGAAAACACACACUAUCCCUACCCCUCACGGGAGCAUAAAGAAAUGCUAGCAGAAAAUACUGGUUUAUCGAUAUUCCAGGUAAGCACGUGGUUUGCCAACGCYCGACGCAAACUUUACCACAACCUGCGUAACGAAAGCCGCAAGAAAAGACAAACGAAAUCGCCACAAAAAAAUAGACAAAAACGAGGAAGGAAGGCUUAUAGCGAAUGUAGCUUAAAAACUGAGCCUGAACUAGAAUGUGAUUUGUCAGCGGAUCAUCCCAGAGGUAUYAGAUGGUAUCCUAGCAACCAAUUAAGUCCCCAGUUUAGUUGCUAUAGCGCCACUAAUACAACAUUGCCUACACUAAUGGACAGAGUAAACCAUUGUAUGACCAUGCCAUACAAUUGCUACAACGCCGCAGCCGGCGAGGAUUGGAUUUCACAAUAUUCUGAUGACCAGAACAUGGCUUCACCAUGUAUGGUGCCUAAGGAAACUAGUGCAUCAGCUCACAGCAUGAGGUACAGCAACACUGAUUAUUUCCAUCCGGGAUAUGACUUAGAAGAGCUUAAUCAUCAAGAAUCAACCAAUGAUGAUGCAGCAAAGAUUCUAAUCRACUUGUCAAACACGUUUCUCAAGUAAAACCCGUUUAUCUGGUUUAUCUGGUUUUUGAAACUACUAGAAAAGUACUGCAGCUAUACUGGCUUGUUGCUUUACCUAACCUGAGCGUACUGGUUAGUU